UUAUCGAAUCUUACACUUUAUUGGUGAAGUAAUGAAAUAGGCCUGUAGUCGGUGGUUCUGGUGUGAAUAUCCUUCAGUCAUAUUUCGGUGGAUUUUGAGUGCAGUGCAUCAAAAUGAAGCGGUAUCUGACAGCGUUUAUGAUUCUCCUUUGCCUUUCUGGAGCGCUAGGAGCUGGAAAACUUCGAUUCGUCAAAGUUGGGCGUGAUGCUGGCGAACUGAAACAGAAGAAUGCAACAAAAGCAGCAGCUGCAGCAAGUAAUGCUGAGCUUGAUGAAUACAAAGAGAAGUUUAUCCUGAGCACAGGCAUGCUACAGGCCUUGCUUCAGUUGAAGGGUGGAACAACAACAACUACUGCGGCCCCCACUCUUACUGGAACUCUCACUGGGACACUUACUGGAACUGGAACGCAAACGUCACCAGGCACUACGGCAACAUUAACGAAUACGGGUACAGGUACCGGAACUGGCACUGGCACUGGUACAGUAACAGGUACGGGGACAGGGACGGGAACAGGAACAGGAACUGGAACUGGCACUGCUACUGGAACCGGUACUGGCACGGGUACUGGUACAGGUACUGUAACUAAUACGGGUACAGGCACGGGUACAGGUGGUACUACUGGUACAGGUGGUGCGCGUUUUCCAUUAUAUCGAAAUGCUCCACGAAAUGUUAAGGGCAGAAAUAGUCAACGGGGACCAAAAGGUCAAAAGAAGAUGCAAUUUAAAGGAAAACCAAAGCAAAAUGGUCGUAAGCAGCGCAAGCAAUUACAGCACCAACAACAAUUCCAGCAACGACGCAUGCAGCAGCAACAACUCAAGCAGCAACAAUUUCACCAGCAACGACCGCAGCAACAACUUGUGAAGCCAAAUCGUAAACGUGUUCUGAUUAAAAAAAGCCAGAAGCAGCAACACCUGAAUAGAAACUAACUUCCUGAUAUAACAUUUACCUGUAAUUAAAGUCCAUUUCUAAUUUAUACUUAACUUAUUUAAUUUAUUUUGAAGAACAAUAAACUGAAGGUCGAUAGCUACUAUAAA